GAAAAUCGAAACCGUUUGAGGUAAGGAAUCGGAGACUCACGCCGUUUCUAUUACCUGGGUUUUGAGAGUGUAGUUCUGGCUGCCAAGCUCUCUCUACGCAAAGGCUGUGACCCAAAAUAGGUGCUGGGGGAGGGGGUGUGGUCAUCAGUCUUUGGGAGUGGCCAGAGGAGCUCCGUAGCUGUUCAGCCGACGGGUGGAGCUCGAGCGCUAGCGCUUUCUGCGUGGAAAAUCCUUGGGUGCUAAUAUCGGCGGUGGCAGAUUUGGUGGACAGGCACAAUGAGAGUUCAAAAACGACUCAUCUUACCCCUGUUUCUUCUGGCUGUCCUGUGCUCUACAGGUGUUAGCCUCAGAUGCUACAGCUGUAUAGACCCAGUUUCUUCAUGCAAAACGAAUGCCACUUGUUCAGUUAACCUGAAUUCCUGUCUCAUCGCUGUAUCCGGAAAGCAAUUCUAUCAUCAGUGUUGGGAAUUUUCAGAAUGUGAUGCCAGCACCCUUUUGAAAAGAUUAAACCUGAAAUCUCUAGAGUACAGAUGCUGCCAGACGGACUUGUGUAACAAAAAGCUCAAAGCAGAAGAAGAAAAAAACAAAGAAAGUGGCGGGGGUACAAAAGGUGAAGCGACCUCCUUAUCCGGGAAGACCGUGUUGCUGGGGACCUCGGUCCUGGCAGCCAUCUGGAAGUUGUGUCUCUAAGUUACCACUGAGCCCCAGAGUGCCUCUGUUCUCUGUCUUUUUUGCUGCCACUGCGGCUCUCCAAAGCUGUUAUUGUUUUCAGUUAUAUCCUUUUGGGAAAGAAUAAAGUUCAUUUGACCAUCAUGGAUAAGAGGAACAGUGUGGAGGCCCGCCUGUGCACGGGAAAGGCCCACCUUAAGUUUAAGGGUGAAGGAGGACUGGACUGUCUUUCUGACUCAGCUCAAGUGCGCUUUUGGCAACCCUCAGGGUUAUCUCUCUGUACCUAGGACGGAGCUGAGGAGUUCAGCCAGUACCUUUAGGAGGGAGUGACCCAGAGGGAUUCUUCUCACCAUUCUGUUACAUCAUAAAAUGCUUUCACAGCCUUUGCAGACCCUGACUUGGUGUGAGUAUUCCAGAUGUGAAUGGUCAGUCAGAGCCAGCUGUAGCACCAAAAAUAAAAGACCCAGAGACAGAUAUUGUGGUUCAAGCUUUAAGCUGAAGACCAGAGAAGCAAAACAGUCAAGCCAGUAGAUAUUACCUCUAUCCAGUUGAAACGGCAAUCCUGUCUCCACGAAUCCUCAGAGGCAAAAGGCUCUCAGAUCCCAUCUCUUCCUCCUUACAUUCUUUUCUCUGCCCAACCAUGUACUGCUGUUUCCACCUCCAUAGUGCUGGAAUUAAAGGCGUGUGAUCCCAGGUGCUGAGAUCACCUUUAUGUGA